CGAUCCCUUGUCCUCGCUUCGCCUCGUCCUUUCUUCACCACUACCACCACCAUCAUCCCUGACACCACCACCUUUUCUUGACAACGAGUCCUCGCCUUAUCCUGCGCUCAUUCCGCCUCGCACUACUUUCCGAACCGCCGUCAUCAUGCUCAGCGUUCAUGACCUGCGAGUGUCCCUGCAGGAGAUCGAGCCGGCACUCCUUCAGUCCUGUAUCGAGCCAGGAGAUGCUCUGCAGCGAGGGGUCGACCGCUGGGCCGCGGUCUCGGCAAGCUUUAACCAGCUGCGUGCAAGCGGUGCGCUCGACGAUUCUACCAUCGAGCUAGCUCAUCGGGUCGCACAGCGAACAACGAUCAUGUCGGAGAGCCUCUGUCGCAUCGAGCGAGGCCUUGCGGGAGUUCUGCUCGACUUCCGCAAUGGCUGUGCUGAGAUCCUGGAGAAAGACAAUGAGGAGCUCGGCGCACGCGCUGGCAGGGCUUCGCUGCAAGAUCGUCGCAUGCCGUCUCGCCUCGCCAACUCGCCAGCCGUCACGCCGCAGUCCGUGCCUACGCCAGCCGCGUCCACCACUGCACCCACCGCCGCCACCGCCGCCGAGCUACAGCUCAACGCCGUCGUGCUGCGCCGCUGGUUCCGCGAGAAUCUCUCCUCGCCGUUCCCGACCAAGGCCGACAAGACGGCGCUCGUCACCGAGACCAACGCGCUCGCCACGGGUAGCGAUGCUGGGCCGAGCAGCGCCGUCGCCAUCCCGAGCGUCGGCUCUGCCGCGGCGAGCAACAAGACGAUCACGUACGAGCAAGUCGUGCUGUGGUUCAUCAACGCUCGUCGCCGCUCCGGCUGGACCGACUUCUUCCGCAAGUUCGCAUGGUCGGACAAGGCGCGCAUGUCGGCGCUGGUGGAUGCGCUCUCGGUCUCGGCGUCGGACCGCGCCGUCGUCGAGGAUGCGACGCCUGCGCUCCGUCCGCUUCUCACGCUGAGUAAGGAGGGCAGAGCGCGGAAGAAGGCCGACAUCGAGGCGGAUCUGGUGGCGUGCAAGGCGGGCUUUGCGAAGCUCAUCGACUGGGUGCACCAGACGGCGCGCGAGAAGGUCGGCGACUGGCUCGACGUCGUGCUUGCCGAAGCGGCGGCUGAGCGUCAAGCCAAGGGCCUCAGAGACCCGAGCAAGCCUCUCGCUCCGGUGAGCCAGCCGGCCAAGCGCGAGGAGACGCCGCCGGCUGCUGCGCUCGUCACCACGGCCAACGCCACGCGCGCCAUCGCCGGCCGCAAGACGCGCAGGCUGCCCAAGAAGACGACGCCGCGCACGCCCUCGCCGCCCGUCGACCCCAAGGCCAGCAUCGGUGCAUCACCUACUACCACGUCGCUCGACGGCCAGACCAAGCUCGCCUUCACUCUCCCUGGCGCGGCGCAAUUCUCGCUCCGCGUGCCGCCGCCCACAACCUCGCUGGCUGGCCGUCGCGACUCGACGGGCAGCCGCACCGUCUCGGGCUCGAGCACCAACAGCGUCGGCCCCUCGGUGCCCCCGCUCAUCGGCGGCGCACAGGACCUCAGCAUUGGUUCCUCGCCGUCGGACGCUUCGAUGAGCUCGCCGCCUAGGCCGCUGAGCAUGCCGACGUUCCAGCACAUGAUCCUGCACGACUCGCCGCUGCGUCGUCAGCAGCUCGCGCAGCAGAAGCAGCAGCGCGAGAUGCUCGCCGUGUACAAGAACGAGUCGCACCCGAGCUGCUCGCCGGGCAGCGAUGCUAGCAGCGGCGUGAGCAUCUCCGAGCUGUCCACCUUCCCGUCGACGGGCAGUCAAGAUCACUCGAUGCAGUCCUCGCAGUCGAGCCACACGCUUCGUCCCGUCGACUCCUCGCCCGACUACAACGCCUUCAUCUGCGCAAGCACUACGCCCUCGCCGUUUCCGGACAAGCCCACACCUGCAUCGACGAGCGCGCGCGCCUCGCCGGACGACUCUGGCUUCUUCGAGAACGAAGCGGGCGUGUGGGACCCGUUCCCGCUCUCUCAGCACCUCGCCAUCGACUCUCACCGCGCGCACGGUGCAUUCGGCAGUCUGGUACUGCACGAUGCACCGUCGCAGGAGUCGAUCAUCUGGCGCACGCCCGAGCACUCGCAGCUCGAGCAUGCAGAGGAGACGCGGAAGACGAUGCGCCGCUCGCCGGUCGACGAGGCACUGACACUGCUGGCGGCGCCGAGCUUGUCGCGCAACGCAAGCCAGAACAGCCACAUGAGCUCGUAGCUGUUCCUCCGCGCCUUCCUCUUCUCCUUUGGUUCCGCAGCACAUCCUCUCCUCACCCAUCCAUCAUCACCCUACCGCGCCGUAUACCCACUUACUCACCGCUUUCGCUGCUCUCCCGCCCCAGCCCUGCACAUAGCUCCCGUCAUCUCGCUGCGCCACCGUCCCGACUCAGUCUCGCCCCGCCUCGUCCCGCUACCGCUCCGUGGCCCUGCUCCCGCUCUGUGCUACCGCUCCGUGAUCCCGCAUCUGUUCCGACUCUACUCCGGCGCUAAUCUGACCCGCUCUCGUCUUC